AUGCUAAACGAGAAGAUUUACGUCUUCCUCUUCUUCUUCCUCUCGGCCGUGCUCUUCAUGACGCUCUUCAGCGUGCCACUUUGGCUGGUACGCAUCGCGGCAAGGCGGCAACGCCAUUUCGUGCGACGGUUCCUUAAGAUGGCCGACGUUUACAACCGUGAUGAUGAGAAGAUGCGCGAUCUGAUUAGCCGUUUCAUCAACGAGUUCCUGCGUCAGGACGGACACUUUCUGCUGCGUAUGCUAUCUAUGAAUGCCGGUGAUCUUAUUACUGUGGAGAUCGUGUGCUGUCUGUUCGGGGAUUAUAAGAAACAGUACUAUGGGAAGGAUUUCCGUCGCGGAGAGCCUAAAGCAAAAAACAAUGAGUACGGCGACCUGUCCAUACUGAAGGCUACGAGUAGUCAGGUGUCGGGGUAUCAUCAUUACCACCCAAAUACCCCCGGCCUGCCGCCUGCAUCUCACAGCGAGGGCAAUUUGGUCUCGCCAGACGGUGACUUUAUGAGUCUUCAGCUCCAACCUGGCGGUCAGGUGACCUCGAAGCAUCGACCGCUUCCUUCGGCGCCCGUGAUGCCGGAGACGAAGAGCCCAAGAACACCCUACCCGACCGACCUUAGGGAGUGUGCCACGGAUUUGCCGCCACCACUAUAUCCAAAUCCCAACAUUGAACUUCAGCGUUCUCAAAAGGGGGCUGUGGCAGCGAACACUGUCGAUGGUGGUGGGAAGGCCGUGGCGCAGGAGGAGGGGGACGAAGAGGAGGAGGAGGGUGUACGGCAGACGGCAAUUAUUCACCGACAGGCCGAUCGUGACGACGAGAGCACCGGCGCCGCUCGCCAUCCACCCACAUCCACGGCCACUGUCCGACGAAUGUUUAAUGUCUAG